AUGUUCCCCAUCAAGAGCAAGCCGGUCACUACACCUGAGGAUAACAUCCACACCAAAGAGGGUUUGCCAGAUUCAAAUCAUCAUCAGAAGAAGAAGAAGAAGAAAAAGAAAAAGAAGAAGCACAAAGAAUCUGUUGGAGAGAAAAGUAUUACUUAUGAGCAAACACUUGCAGAAAUUGAUCCAGACUUGACAGAGCUUAAAAUGGAGCAGAGCAUAAAGGCUAUGGUUGAACAGCUAAGGGAGUUUAUGCCCAGUGUGAGAACGAUGUCAAAUGAUACAAUACGCUCCAUGUUUAGGUAUGACCUACCACGAUUUAAAACAUUGAAGGAGGAAGGGAUUCCUAUCCGACAGGGAAGGUACACUAAAGAAGAGAAUGAGCAGAUACAGACAAACCUAAAGGAAUUAAUGUUGGUGACUGGAAUUGAAAAUGAGUGGGAAUUUUUCCAACCUCCUGAAUCGUUUGAGGAUUUAUUGAGAAUAAAACGGCUGAAAAUCAAACACUUAUUCUGUGUCAAGCUUGCUGAGGGCAUUGCAAGACCAUGGAAAAGUGUUUACCAGCGAGCUAGGAAGUUGUACGAUCCCCACCGAUGUAAAGGCAGGUACACAGAGGAAGAACUGAAGAAAUUUAAACGCUUGAUGGCUGUGCAUGGAAAUCACUGGCAAAAGAUUGCCGGUGGUCUGGAGCGCAGUGAUCUAUCAGUGAUGUGUCGAGCCAGAAUAAUGAAGGACUCCUUGAAGAAUGGCCCGUGGAGCAAGCAGGAGGAGAGGAAAUUCAUGAAAAUAAUGAAGAAGGUCAUUAAUAAGCGAGUAGAAAAAGAUAACUGUCUAGCGGUCAAGGCACCAACUAAGGACAAGCUUGGUUCAAUCCUUCGGGAAAAGCUGUACAAGGGACUCCCUUGGUUAGAAAUUUCAAACCUAAUGGAGGAAAGACACUGGAUACAAUGCAAAAAAAAUGGUGAGCUUAUCAUGUGA